CAGGCACUACCCGGUAAAACACGUUUACGCCAUAGAUGCGGUAUAGAAGAAGGCUGGGUACUUCAGUAUUUUCAAACAAAACUGCAAAAACGACACCAUUUUAUAAGUUACUCUACGAAAAUCAAAGAAUAGUCGUUUCUGCUGGAUGUGUUUGUGCCUCUGUUCUAUCGACAGUGUUUUCCAUGUACUUGACCGACCAAGAUCAGAUGGGUUUUGGUUUGUGAGGAUUCUGACUUUGCAACAAUGGCAAUCUUGACACCACUGGGCUCACUUAACGGUCACUGCACGGAACACAGCUACACUCUAAGACCAUUUAAGGUAACCCACCACUCACUCAGCCAUGCCCUUUAUAGCAAAAGAGCUUCUUCACUGUGUUAUAGCACAAAGUUUCAGAAUUGUAGCACUUCCAUACAGUUCCAAGAAAACCCAUCUCAGAAAUCAAUUGUUAAGACUCACCUUUUGCAUAACCAGCCUUCUAAUAGUGUUUCUUCAGCUAGUAAGUUGAUUAAGGAGUGUGUAGAUGAUGGAUUGUUUGAAAAUGCAAUCAGGGUUUAUCUUAAGAUGUUUGAAUGUGAUGGUUUUCAGGCUGAGAAAUUUAGGUUCUUUCCAUGUUUAAUUAAGGCUUUUGGUGGGCUUUGUGAUGUAGACAAGGUUAAACAAGUUCAUGGGCAUGUGUUGAAUUUAGGAGUUUUGAAUGAUGUUUCUGUUGGGAAUUCGCUUUUGGGUGUGUAUUUGAAAUGCGGUGCAGUUGAGGAUGCAGUGCAGAUGUUUGAGGAAAUGGGUGAGAGGGAUCCGGUUUCUUGGAACUCGAUGAUAUCUGGGUUUUACCAAUCUGGGGAUUACAUGGGUGCAUUGAUAACUUUUAGCAUGAUGAUUUGGGAAUAUGGUGUGUACCCAAAUCGGGUAGCUUGCCUUUCAGCUCUCUCUUCAUGUUCUUCAAUUAAGUCUUUGAUUCAUGGACGAGAGAUUCAUGGGUUUGUUGUGAAAAGUGGGUUGAAUGUUGAAGAGUUUUUGGUCAGCGGAUUGAUUGAAAUGUACAUGAAAUGUGGAGACGUAAGGACUGCAGAACAUGUAUUCAAGGGAAUUCUUGACAAUGAAUCAAGCCGAGGAAAUGCGGUGAUAUGGAAUGUGAUGAUUUUGGGCUAUGUCUCGAAUGGGUGUUUAUUGCAAGCAUUGGACUUGUUCCUUGAUAUGUUGGCAAUGGGGACUAAACCAGAUUCUUCUACUUUGGUGGCUGUUUUAGUUUUGUGCUCCCAGUUGUCAGAUUUAGCAGUAGGAAAGCAAAUGCAUGGAUGCAUUGUCAGCUUUGGGCUAGAUUACAAUGUAAGAGUUGAAACAGCUCUCAUAGACAUGUACUUUAAAUGUGGUGAUCCUGAAACUGGUUUGAAAAUUUUCAGGAGUUCUCAAAAUCGUAACUUGGUCAUGUGGGGUGCAGUAAUUUCAAAUUGUGCUCAGGGUGGUUGUGCUGCUGAGGCAUUGGAAUUAUUCUAUACAUUCUUAUCAAAGUAUGGCUUUGCUGACUCUGUCAUGCUUCUGGCUGUGUUGCGAGCAUGUUCAUUCUUGACUCUUAAUUCUAGAGGCAUGGAAAUCCAUGGCUUGGCAAUAAAAACGGGGUUUGAUGACGAUAUGUUUAUUGGUGGUGCACUUGUUGAUAUGUAUGCAAAAUGCCAAGAUAUUGAAUCUGCUCAAAAGGUUUUCCAGAGAUUACCAGCAAGGGAUUUGGUAUUGUGGAAUUCCUUAAUAUCUGGUUAUGCCCAGAAUGAGUGUGCAGAUAAAGCAUUGAAGGCUUUUUGUGAAAUGCAAUCUGAACAAAUUGCACCCAAUAGUGUCACAGCCUCAUGUAUUCUCUCUGUAUGUGCUAGGUUUUCAGUCAUGAUCCUAUGCAAGGAAAUACAUUGUUACUUAUUACGGCGUGGGAUUGAGUCUAAUGUUUCAGUGAGCAAUUCUCUAAUAGCUACCUAUGCCAAAUGUGGAGACAUAGACAGCUCAACAACUCUAUUUGAGAAAAUGCUCGAAAGAGAUAAAGUAUCCUGGAAUUCAAUUAUUUUAGGAUUUGGAAUGCAUGGCCAUACAGAUGAAAUGUUUGUUUUGUUCAAAAAGAUGACAGAAACAGGCAUGAAGCCCGACCAUGCAACUUUUACAGCUCUUCUUUCUGCAUGCAGUCACACAGGCAGGGUUGAUAUGGGAUUGAAAUGUUUUAAAAGCAUGGUUGAAGAUCACAAACUUGAGCCUCGAGUUGAGCAGUAUACUUGCAUUGUUGAUCUUUUGGGCCGAGCUGGCCAUCUAAAGCAGGCUUAUGAUCUGAUAAUGACCAUGCCUUGUGUCCCAGAUGAUCUCAUAUGGGGUUCAUUGCUUGGAUCAUGCAAAACUCAUGGCAAUGAAAAGCUGGCAGAACUUGUGUCUAAACACAUUUUCGAACUUGAUCCUACGUGCAUAAGUUACCGUGUCCUCCUUUCAAACAUAUAUGAAGGCUUUGGGAAACAGAAUGAAGUUACUAGAGUUAGAUCAGAAAUUAAAGAUCUGAGACUCAAAAAGCAGCCUGGAUGCAGUUGGAUUGAAGUUGAUCACAAAAUUCAUUCAUUUAUUUCAGGUGAUCAUUCACACCAUCAGUCUAAAGAAAUCUAUGGUGCAAUAGAAAGUUUAACUAAAGAGAUGAAAAGGGUAGAUUAUAACCCUCGAACACAAAAUGUUAUUGGAUCUGAUGAGUCUAAUGUGGAAGGUAUAAAUUCAAGUAAAGACAUUGAUUUGCUAUAUAACAAGAGUGUCUGUUAAUGCUGGCUGCUGUUAUCAUCCGUAGGGCUAUCUCUUUACUCUUUAGUGAUUAAGAAAUGAGAUAAUACUUGGUCAACAAUUUGGAUGCCAAUGGGGGGAUUAUUUAUGACGCAUAUGUUGCGCUUAUUAACAUAUCUUGAUUCUCCUCUUCGAGAAUUUAUGGAAUAAGAUUAAGCAUGACUUUCUAACAUUUGUUUUUGUUGGGACUUUUUUUUCCCUUUUUUACUUAAUCACUUGUUAAUAGAUA